CGGUGUCACAGUUAUUCGCUACUUGGGCUCCAUGGCUUUGCUGGGAAGGCAGGUUCCUGAGUGGCAUCGUUUAAUGGCCCUCUCCCGGACCUGUUUGGCUAGGCAGACUCUUCAUCUCAGAGAACAGAAACAGAUGAGUCCUUAUUUGUUCUGCAAACUGACUACAGUACCCAGUAGUGGGGGAUUUCAAGAGUUUUCCAGCGUUCGACCCAAAAAAUAUGUGCAGGAACCAGAGUACAGGACACAUCUUGUUCGGUGUCUUCAUGGGGAGCAGAGGACUUGUGUGGAUCCUGAGUCAUUGGAGGUUAUCAGUUCCCUCCAGGACAUGGGUUUUACUGAAGCCCACAUUAACAGAUUGCUUAGUACACAACCAAGUGUCCCUCCUCGACAGUUACUGGACAUAAUUGCAGAACUCCUACUCCUGGGGUUGAACCCAGAGCCUGUAUUUAUAGCGUUGAAGAAAAAUCCCCAGUUGCUGAAACUGUCUACCAUGCAAAUGAAGAAGCGUUCCAGUUACCUUCGGAAGCUUGGCCUUGGAGAAGGGAAACUGAAGCGGGUGCUUUACGUUUGCCCUGAGGUUUUCACCAUGCGUCAGCGGGACAUUGAUAGCAUCGUACAGGUCCUCAAGGAGAAGUGCCUGUUCACAGUGCAGCACAUCACAGACAUUCUGCACAGAUGCCCGGCUGUUUUGCAGGAGGACCCCAAUGAGCUUGAAUACAAAUUCCAGUAUGCAUAUUUCAGGAUGGGACUUACACAUCUAGACAUAGUCAGGACGGAUUUCUUACAGUAUUCAAUAACCAAGAUCAAGCAGAGACAUAUCUACCUGGAGCGCCUUGGCCGGUACCAAACCCCUGAUAAGAAGGGGCAGACACAGGUCCCUAAUCCCUCACUGAAGAACAUUCUCAGAGUUUCUGAAGCUGAGUUUUUGGCCAGGACAGCCUGUUCCUCUGUUGAGGAGUUUCAAGUUUUUAAAAAGCUCUUGGAUCAAGAGGAGGAGGAGUCUGUGAGCCAUGCAUGGGAGGAGGAGGAAGAAGAAGGGGAGGAAGAGCUGCUGUGACAGAGCAUUGGGAUGACAGAGGUCAUUCUCAUAUUCUUGAAGCAUUGGGGAGCUUCACCUGGAUCUUCUCAAGCAUUUCUGAUCCCAGCACUGGUCUGAUGGGGAAACCAGCCUGUAACGAUCUACUGGAGAUACAGUAGAUACACCAGACCAAAUGAGGGAGACUUUGUUGUGCUCUAGUGGUUUCUGUGGGAGGCCCUACUCCAUCCUAAAUAAAGGACUCAGCUGUCAAAA